AUGGCUAUAUGGGGAAUUGUUGCUUUCACAACUGUUAGUGGUAAAUUUAACGUUCGUUUUAUAGUUUUGUUAAACCUAAUGUUACUGGUAAUUUAUUAAUAUUUUAGUGCUUUCGAAUAUAACGGAGUUUAAAGCAUUUGGUAAUAAAACUGAUGAAAUAGUCCAAGGUGACAACAUAACCCUAUCCUGUACAACCACAGUCGGGGAACCAUUACCAAUUAUACAAAUGCGAAAAGGAAUCACAGUUCUCAACUCUUCCACGGCGAGCAGCAUCAGUCCGACAACUCUGCUGUAUAGUUUUGAGCGAAUUUCGAAAGAUGCAAGUGGAACUUACUCUUGUCAAGUAAAUACAGAUGGGUUUACACCAACGCGAAAUUUACAGUUGGAUGUGAAAUGUGAGUGGAAGUUAAGAUUCAAUUUAAUGUUUGCGACAAAGUUACACACCACUUUUUAUGCUUUGUAUAUAGCAUGAUGAAAAGUUUACAUUGCUAUAGUACCAUAUAGAAAUGAUAAAAGAGAAGAGUGCGAUAUUGAGGAAUAAAUUCAGUCAAAUGAAAGGGACAAAUACACCUUUCCGGAAAACACGUCACUUUGACUAUAGAGCCUCGCUUUCGUGUUUGUGACAUAAGUUAAAUCCCAGCAUAGGUGACGAGGCCCUGUAUAUGGCAGGUGACGUGUGGACUUCCUGGAAGAGAGUAAUGGGGGCCAAAUUUAUGUCCCGUAUAUCGGUAUAUGUAAGUAUACCCACAGGAGCCCAAGCGUUGAUCUGUGUUAGUGUUGUAUGUUUUUCAGUUUAUUUAUUUUAGUGUCUUUACAUUGCCUUUUAAUUGAAUUAUAACACUAAAUUACACUAAUAUGUCAUAUAAUAAUAAUACUCCUAUAGUCGAACAUAUAAUAACAACAUAUAAGUUGAUUUGUAUUGGUAUGUUUUUCAGUUUAUUUAAGAUCUAUUAUUAGCUUAUAUAAAAGCACCGCCUUUCGAACCUGACAGCCCGUUCGCAGAAUGUCAGGUUCGAACGGGCUGUCAGGUUCGAAAGGCGGUGCUUUUAUAUAAGCUAAUAAUAGAUCUUAAAUAAACUGAAAAAAAUACAAAUCAACUUAUAUGUUCUUAUUAUAUGUUCGACUAUAGGAGUAUUAUUAUUAUAUGACAUAUUAGUGUAAUUUAGUGUUAUAAUUCAAUUAAAAGGCAAUAUAAGGACACUAAAAUAAAUAAACUGAAAAACAUACAACACUAACACAGAUCAACGCUUGGGCUCCCUGUGGUAUACCGAAUGUAAAAUCAUGCGCCCAUUUGCUGCAAUGAAAUCUCCUUUUUAGCAACAGCGACAAAACGCAGCAAUUCAGUAAAAUGCAGUAAUUCAGUAAAAUGCAGUAAAUAUAAAUUCCGGGAUUCACAUAUUUAAUCAUCAAGUUUAAAAUGUAGUGGGUGACAUAGGAAUAGUUGUUCACUGAAUUUCGACGUUUAUAUUUAUUUAGGCCGUCCGUAAUCUCUAUAUGGCGAGUACCGCCGCCAUGCAUGGUUAUUUAUUUUAUGUCGGUUCUAGGUUCCUCCCAAACUUUAAUAAUAUCGCUCGAAAUACAACUACAAAAAACCUGUUUUCGCACUGAAUUUGAAAAAAAUUGCACUUCUCCCAGUCAAUCGCAUUAGAUCAUUUUUCCACCUAUAUUAUACAAUUAAUAGAGAGUUUAAGCUUCGCGUUAAAGGUCAAACGGCGAACGCCAGACAAAGAAAAAAUUUACAGUGUCAGGCAAUAAAGAGUACUUAAAUAAACUUGCUGUUUUAAAACUGAAAUACAUAAUUAUUCUUUCGACACAAGAAAAAAAAUAUGAAACGAAAACGUUCAACGAAAAUUUUGCCAAGAAAGUUCGAACCUGCCGUUUGCCUUUCCCGGAAACGUGAAGCUUAAACUCCCUAAUGUUAUCGCCCUUUUUAGGGCGCACUUAAGUUACACCAUACAGGCUUUGUUUUGCUAACCCUCGCCACCAUUUUGUAUUUUUUGGUGGAAGUAAAUGUAAAUGUUCCCCAUAAUGUACAUGCAUGCUCUCUUUACGAAUGUAACCCCUAGUUACAUUAAAUACAAGUGAUACAAUACUAACUAUUAACAGUAAUAAACCAAUUACAAGUGAGAAAUUUUUUAUUGUUACCUACUCUGACUACCUCCUCUAGAUCCUCCAGAAAUUGAUAGAUCUGUAAAAACGGAACAGGUUGGUUGUCUUGGAAGGCUGAUAUCGAUAACUUGCGAAGCAUCCGGUGAUCCAGAGCCUGAUGUAAACCUUAUUGGACCUGGUGGAAUAGGUCUACCUAUAAAGGGAUUUGUGUUAAAGGAAUUUGGAACUUAUCGAUGUGAAGCGUUCAGUAGACUGGGAAAUGACUCACGUAACAUCACUGUUAGUCAAGCGACAGGUAUAUCAUUAAUAUCCCAUCCAGGCACAACAUAUAAGCUGCGAGUAUACACUUUCCAAUAGGAGGGCCUGCUCGCAAACUAAGCACCGCAUCAUUCACAGGCUCUCGUGCCUCAUAAGAGGGCCUGCGGAAUGUUGUGAACAAAAUGGCGAUAUACACUCCUGCAUACGCCAUAGCCACGCCAUAACCUACGCGGAUAUCGCAAAUAAAUUUGAUAUCGAAACGUCCCGGUAUUUAUGAAGUCAAGGAAAAAUUUGAAUCGAUUUAAGUAAUUUAUUCCUCAGGGGUCGGCUGUUCAAAUCUGGAUUAGUGCUGUAACCAUUGGUUAAAAUUGUACCCGCUAUUUUAAUUUAUGUAUUUCUGCAUGUCUGUUUAUUUCAAAACAUCAGAGAAGAAAACUCCUACUGAUCCAUACAAGAUUUCUGAAGAAAUUUUAUACCAGAUUUCUGAAGAAAUUUUAUAUCAGAUUUCUGAAGAAAUUUUAUACCAGAUUUCUGAAGAAAUUUUAUACCAGAUUUCUAAAGAAGUUUUAUACCAGAUUUCUGAAGAAAUUUUUCCAAAUAAACAAGGGAAGUUUGGGAAGUUUGCUUUGAACUUUAGGUUAACCUAGGGUUAGGCUGAUCCAACAUUGAACAACUGGCCCAUGAUAUCCAAACUCCUACAGAUACGGUUGUCAUUUUUUUCCCGAUUUUGGCUUAUGAAUUAUUAACGAAUUUUAGACUGCAUCGUAUUCUGUAUGAACUGAUACUACUGACAGUAUUGUAUUGCUUGGCCUAUAAUGUAUGCAGUCUGGUAACACUCUGGUUAAAAUGUCCUAGUUAACUUUCCCUGUUAACACUAUUUGGGAAUAACUUGAUAUUCCUGGUUCAACUUCCUGUUCAUUUUACUCAUUUCCUACCAUAAUCUGAGUAAUGUAACCACGAAUCUGGUUAUAUUUGACCAGAUCGUCCUUGUUAAAAUAGCCAGACUAUGUAUUGUUUGGCCUGCUCGCAAGCCGAAAUUUCGUUCAAAGGAAAACCGAAUUUUCGGGGGGGGGGACUGCGAGCAGGCUAUGUAUUUUUAGUACAAUAAAUAACCAAGAGGCUCUGGCUAUUUAUCCUUCUAACAUACUGUAGUUUGGUUAAAUUAACCAGGAGGUCCUGGUCAAUAUAAUUAUAGUAGUAGGGAAAAUAUUAAAUAACCAAGAAUAUUACGUUAACCCAAAAAGGGUUAUUUCUAGGUUAACCCGGAAAAUUCUAACCAGAGUGUUUUUAAAGUGUGAUAUUGUAUUGUAAUCUUGAACUGUCUGCGCCAGUGUAGGUUGUGCCAAUAUAAAUAACAAACUUCGUUGGUAUAUAGGGGUGCAACUACCUGAAAAAAUAUAAGGAGAAUUUCGACGUUUCGAGCGAAGGUUCUUCGUCUGGAGUUACUGACUGGAGUUACUGCCUGGAGUUACUGACUGGAGUUACUGACUGGAGUUACUGCCUGGAGUUACUGACUGGAGUUACUGACUUGAGUUACUGACUGGAGUUAGUAACUUCAGACGAUCAAAGGGCAUUCGCUCGAAACGUGGAAAUUCUCCUUAUAUUUUUCAGGUAGUUGCAUCAGCAACGAAAGCAUGUUAUUGGUAUUGUAUUGUACUAAAUGCACUGUUAGUAUUGGUCUGUACUGCAUUCUGCAGUAUGUACCAUGAUGUCCUGUACUGCGCUUCAUUCAUGUACACUAUAAUGUAAUUAACUCCAUGAUACUCUCUAUUAAUCUACUAGCUAAACCUAAAGAGCCAUCAUUCUCAGAAGAAUGUACUUUUACUAAACUCACCUGGCAAAAAUCAUCUGACAAAAGUGUAAAAUAUACUUUACAAGUGAGAGAAGAGGGAUCAAGCGGUGCCUGGGGUGAUAUAAUAACAUCAAUUGAUACGACUUACAGUCCAUCAACGAAUGAAACUCUCAGUAAAAAUAAAGAUUAUGAAUUUCGAGUUGUUGCCACAAACUGCGUUGGAAGUACGGAAAACAAGGCGUGCAUUGUCAAAGGUAAGGGAAAACAGUGAUUGUUAUAAAUUCGUAACAUAAGUACAUUUUACUGCUAGUAUGUGCUUGCUAGCUUGCAUGAUUACCUGGUAUAAUUGACUGGAGUGAUUUUUAAGGAAGACCAUCUAAGAAGAUUUUUUUAAAGAACUUCAUUGGGUUAAUAUUUACAAUAAUUAUAUUAACAAAUAAUUAGACAAAGAUACACUACUUUUAGAAUAACAACAACAAAAGAACCCAAAUGGGAAAAGUGCGGACUCCCGGGACUCCAAGUCUCAUGCAGGGCACUUCAUUUGCAUAUUACAAAAACCUCGGAUCUAAAUUACUGAAUUCAGAUAAAAAACCUGAGCAAAAUAUUUUGUGCUGCCACGAUACGCUAGCAGCUCCUGUUUGAAAUGUUCAUGCAAUGGCUCUUAGAAUCAUUCCACAUAAACAAACCAUACUUUUGCGGCUCACCACAGUUAAUAAAAUAGGACUCACUGACAAAAGCAGUCAACAACAAAAGCAAAAUGCCUAUGAAGUGAGUCAUUGCCUGAAAAUGAGUGCGUAAUCCUGCUUUGGAUUCUCAAUUCAUUCGCUUAUCCCAUGUCUGUGUUAGAAGCGGCUCUCUGAUUCGUUCCGAGCAGGUGAGUUUUUUCAAACUCACCUGAUCAAACUUAAGUGCAACCAUGGAUAAUAAAAUAAAUGGAUUGGAAACGUCUGACGUCAUUGACUGCAUCCUUGUUGAAAAACGUGACGUCACGCGUAUUGCGAAUGUUACCAAAGUUCUCGGCAUAUUUGUUGUUUUGCUAUAUUUUCCACUUUAAAAGGGUGAUCUUGAAGCGUAAACUGGUCUAAUUGUUUUAAAAACAUGCCUAAGCCACGACAAAGUAUUCAAGGUAAAUGUUUUUCGUCUUUGUUUUGUAUUUUUUUACAUUUGUAGCUACGAAAUUGGCGUCACAAAUUUUAACGAAAUUUGCGAUGUAUUUUUCACUGUUUAGUGCUUGAAAUAUUUGCUAAAAUUGACUGGGAAUACUUAGAGUUUUCAUCGUAGAAUGGCGUGGUUACAUUUAUUUGCUCUUUGACUAAAAUGUUUAGCUGUAUUAUUGCUAAACAUGCCGUUUUUGAGAAUUUGAUUUUCAACUAGGUUGAGGCAUCCAACCACGCCAUCAAUCACAGUAAAAACAUUAGGUCACGUCAGCUAGUUUCCUAUCCAUUUAUUUUAUUAUCCAUGGUGCAACUAUUCAGAAACAUACAAACGAACGGGAGGCUGGGUCACGUUUCCUGAACUCACCUCGUUUCGCUCGUUGAGUUCGGGAAACUUGCAGCCUCUCUCGUUGCAUCGAUCCGGAACGAACCUCCCUGCAAGUAUGUUUGUUAAAAACUGAAAAACUGACUACGGAUCAUGGAAGUCAGUUGAAGGAACGGGGGGGAGUUGAUAAGAUGGCAUCAUUCAGAACAUUCGAAUUUGUUACUCGCAUGAACAGUAACUUUUCAGAAUACUUUUCUUCACUCUUAUCUUUAGUAAGUAAAUAAGUAAGUAGCGGAGGAGCGAGGUUGUGCUAAUCAUCCUUACUUGCAGCUGAGCUAGCUAAGCAAUCUCGUACCCAGAGCCAUCGGGUUGAGACCUAAGCUGAAUUGCGAAUGAUGCAGCUCAACUUGAUCAAGUCGAAGGCUCCCCAAGGGCGCCUGUGGCAGCCACCUGCUGACCUGCAUACUGCAUAACUCCUGACUGAUCAUAGAGCACAGCGACGGUGGAAGGGUCAGUUAGAGGAUAAUCCCAACCCACCCUGUCAACAUUCGCUGCGGGAAGAACUGGAGAAAGCCCACGAUUUUCGGCAGAGCGUGAUCUAACUCUUUUCACAUGAAUGUCUUGUUGAGUCCGCAACGAGAAUGGAACCGACGGAGGUGAAGGCCCUUGCUUUAAAGAUUGCGCCACCGAAGCCCUGAACAGCAUUUUCACUUUUUUAUAAAUUAUAUUGUGCAAAAAAGUUUGUUCUGAUAAAAAAUAAUGGUAAAGAGAAAUGUCGGAGUUUUAGUGUUUGAAUUCAGUAGUUUGGGGUUGUUGUCGAAGGUUUUGUGUGUGUGUGUGAGGGGGGGGGGGGGGGGGGGGGGGGUUAUCAUAGAUUCGAGCCAUGGGAAGCAUUCUCACAUAUGUGUUCUUCAUAUCGCCAGGACGUUUCUCAUCAAUUACUAAAUUAAUGUAGGUAACCCUUACCCUAUUGCAGGUUUUGCUUAUAAUUUUAAUGACGAAUAUUUUAGUUGGUUAUCUCGUCAGAUGUCAAGGUUUGUCUCGUACUGUAUUUUCAAUUAUCAUUAAAGCGUAUCUAGAAUUGGUCGGUCAAAUCGUGAGGUGUAACGUACACUUAAUGUGAAUGAGGUCGGUCUCCAUUGACCUAAUUACUGAAUCUUUCUUUUUUUAUUUGUGGCUUGACAGGACAAACGUCAGGAGAACGUUCUAGUGACAGCAGCAAUGCCGGUGUUAUCGCGGGAUCAGUAAUUGCAGUUUUGGUGGUCAUACUAAUUAUUGUCAUUGUCGCAGUUUAUUGUAGGAAGAGAAAACGAGGUACAGGUGUAAUUCAUAUCGUUCAUUAAUUCUUUA